AUGCAAGACAUUGAAUUAAGAGAUGGUAUUAAGGCCUCUGGGUCGGUACAUCAGGAAGGACCUAUACAACUUCAACAACACACUUCACCUGUUCUUACUAAGGUGGAGAUUCAACAAAUAUCACCUCCUCGUAAUAAGAGUAUUCUGUCCAAAGUUUUAUGUGGUUUGUGCAUUACCUUUGUUGUUUGCUUGUUGAUUUUGGUGUUUUUGGUAAUUGCAGUCUUUUUAAUUGCUUGGUUUGGUGGAGGAGCCUUUUUAUGGGAUUUUGCCUUCAAACCAGAUAAAGAAUCAGAUUGUUUCAAGGCGAUGAGAGACAGUAGGCCUUGGAAUUAUACCUUGGUUGAUAUUGUUGAUUAUUGCGAACCUAUUGCGGAGAAUAUCAACACAACAGAAUAUUUUGCACCUUACUUUAUUCCAUCUGUUUCGAAUUUAAUUGAAACAGUAACUUUUAAAUCACGUGAUCCUGAUUGGGUUGCCACAGGAAAGGGAAAUAUUGUUGGUACAUUUAUUCCUCAACCUUCUAUCAAUAGUAAUAGCAAGUUUAUUAUUGUCAUUCACGGAAUUAGAACAUGUAGAUUCACUUAUGCUUCAUUGGAACCAGCCUCAAUGUUAUAUAGAAAGGGAUAUAAUUUACUCUUAAUUGAUUUGAGAAAUCAUGGAGAUUCGGAUGACUAUGAUAAAAACCCUUAUGGCAGCUUUGGAUAUUACGAACAUAGAGACGUUUUGGGUGCUUUGGAUUAUCUCACCAAACGUUUCACAUUCUUGGAUACUCAAACACCAGAUGUGUCAUUAUUUGGUAGCUCUAUGGGAGGUGCUACAGCCAUUGUUACUUUUGCAAAGGAGAAGAGAUUUAAAUUACUCUUCACUGACUCUGCACCAUGUGAUGUGUACAAGACCUUAUUCACCAAUGCAGUCUCUGUAACUGGUUCUGAAUCAUUUGCCCAGACUGCAAUUCUAAGUACAAAAUCUGUUGCCUUAGUGAAAGGAAAUAUGGGAUUCCCUCCAUUCCCUCUUGAUCCAGAAACACUGAUGAAAGAAGUGGACUUGUCAGGAGAUAGAAGAGUAUUCUUCUUCCAAACUAGUGGAGAUUGGAUUGUUCCAGAUUACAAUAUGCAAAUUUGUGUCGAUGCUGCUAGAGGUGCUGCUACCAAACAAAACCUCAAUCCAGAUGAAAAGGUCAAGUCCUACAUGCACACAGUCCAAUACCCAACAGGAGUACCAACCUCUCGAUUCUAUUGUGCCAACCAUUUAGUUUCCAUGUUUAACAAUGCUACCAUUGAAUCAUCUACAACACCAACAACAACAGCAGGUUUACCAUCAUCAACCUCUACAACAUCAACAGUGGAUCAGAUGGAUAAGGAUCAACAACAAGAAUUCCCACAAGAAGAUGAAAGUUUGAAAUCAACAAGCAAUAAUAAUAAUUUAAUUAAUUCUUCAACAUCAUCCAAUACAACAAUAGAAGGAAAAUUGAAUGGAAUUUCUUCGGAGAUUAAUCAAAGCCUUUUAUCUGAUGAUUUAAUGAAUAGUAUAACAUCAACGAGUACUAGUACUGAUGAAAUUGUAAUUGAUAAACCUUCUUCGGAACUAACAGAAAGUAAUGCUACUACUAAUACUCCCACUAAUACAAGACCUAAAUCGAGGAGGAAGCGAAUUUCAACCUAUGUCGUUGGACAGGAAAGAUCAAAUUUGUUUCUUGUAGUUCGUGAUGAUCUAAUUUUGAACAAAACUUGUAUUGAAUUAGUGGAAUUUCCGAUUGUCAAGUCGAGUAAACAGGGAAUGAAUGAAAUCACCAAUGCUGAUAGGAAAGUAUUAUACAUUCAUCACUCCAAAAUGAAAUGUUUAUAUGCAUCAAUUAAUCCUCAACGAAACUUGCUGGCUUUUACUCACUUUUACAAGGCAAGCAACAACCAGCUGUACUAUGAAAUCUUUAUUGUGGAAAUUAAUUCCUUAUUCAAUAAGGAGUGGAAUGCUGAAAAUGUUGUUAAAUUUCAAGAACAACAAAAUAGAUUCAUCUUCCGACCUCCACAAACAUCUAUGCACGUUUUUCAAUGUAUUCAGUUCAUUCAUCCACCACAAGUUGAUUUGAAUUCUGACAAUAGUAUUACCGAGUCGAAAAAUACCCUUCCAGUUGAUAAUAAGAAUUGCAGGUUCUUGUUUGUCACUGAGAAGGAAUCCAUCAAAAUGUUUAACAUUGUUUUUAGUGAGUCAUCGAGCAGUAUAUUUAGUAGUUUAUUUAAAAAGAAUCAAUCUUCCAAGAUUGUGGAAAGCAUUGGAGAAUUGGUAAUUUUUGCAAAGAAUUUCAUUUGGUGGCAAUAUGAUCCAGUGAGGAGUUUAUUGUACUAUAUGACAAUUUUGAAGGAUUCUUCAUCGACCAAUGAAAAUUCAGAACCUGAACUCUUAAAAACAAUGUGUAAUUUACGAUGUGCCUCUAUUUCAGAGAAGAAACCUAACCAAAUUUUAGAAUGUACAAUACCAGUGACGUUUCAACGAUCCAUUUUAGAAAGAUCAAUAUACACUCACGAAAAGAUUAGAUUACCUUGGAGAACUGGUCCAUCUAGUUUUGAUUCUAAUACAACUUUUCAAAUAGUUCGAUUGGAAAAUAACUGCCUAUGUCUGUGUCAACAACAGGCGAAAUAUUCGAGUAAUAUUCCUGAUAACUUUAUUGAUGUUGCCAUUUUCAUUCUUCAUCACAAGAAAAAGAUGCACUUUUCAAUUCCUCUACCAGCUGAUGGGAAAUCUUCAACGAGUCAUCCAAGAGUAUUCUUUGGUUCGUGCAGAGAUACUGUCAUUGUGUACAUUCCUGGGUGGUAUUUGCAAAUUGUGGACUGUUCCAAAGAUCAUGAACCUUGGCCUCUGAUGAAUUUCAUAGGUUCAGAUACUGUACCCUUCCUGGACAAUGAAUCAACAAGUGUCAUUGAUAGAAAAUCUGAACAGGAUGUUGUUUCACUCUUUUCUGGAUCUAGCUCUGGUGGAUAUAUUCUCGAUUUGAAUAGAGGACUACUUUUCAAGUAUGAUUUCAAUUUUGAUAACAUGUUAAAUUGGCUGGUUAACUUGAAAAAAGAACAGAGUUCAAUGUACAAUCCUACCAAUAUGUAUUCAGCUCCGAACAUUAGGAAAACCACUAUUCAAUUUUUACAUUUGGCCAUCACUCAUUUCAAGAAUAAUAUAUUUACAGAGAGAACAAUACGAGCCUUUUGUGAACCUUUUCCUGUUAAUGGUUGUGACAGUCGUUGUAAACAUACUACACUGGUCGACGACGAAGUACUCUUUAUGGAAUAUUUAAUUGGAGCAGGAUAUAUGGAGUUGGCUUCAAAUAUUUCAGCUUCCACCUCAUACACUGCCUCCAUACUAACCAAUUCAUCUUCAUCCAGUAUUGCUGAUAAGGAAUUUUUGAGAUAUAUCCCAAUUUCACUAUUGGAAUGUGGAGAAAAUAGCCAAUAUCUUGAUGAUUACUCAUACGAUCAGUCAUUUGUAACCACUAAAAUUGGAAAUACUAUGGGAAACAAUAUUUUCACAAAAACAUUCGAUUCCAUUGUAAGAACCAUUCCAUAUCCAAGAGAAAAUACCGAAUGCUCACUCGAUUUAAUCAAACAAGUCAAGUCACAACUAGCCAGUUCACCAAAGUUUAUUCCACUCGCUGUUUAUUUGGCCCACCACAAGAAUCACAUUCUCACUCCACCAAGUCCCUCCGUAGAAAGACAAAGUAACAAUAUAAAUGGAAAAUAUUUUGAGGAGAAGAAUACCUACUUUCAAAAGAAGUGGUUCAACAGUAUAUUUAGCUCUCCAAAAAGUUCAGAAAAAGAGGAUGACUCUUACUAUGAAGACACACCAGAAGACUCGGAAUUAGAUGCCGAAAAACUUAGAGUAAGACAAACGAAAAAGAUUGAUUUCUACUCUGAAAAAUCCAAAACAGAUUUUAUAGAUGUUUUAAGUAACUUUCUACUUGUAAAUAGUCAACUAAUACCAAUUGAUUUGCAAGAAUAUACAUCAGCAGGACCAACCAAAGCUACCAGAAUGAAAACCAUUUUAGAUUACACUAGUUCCCUAUUCCAACUUUCACAAUAUUUAUUUACUACCCUCACUCAAAUCCUCCAUACCUUCCAUCAAAAACAACGACAUUUCAAUCAGGGAAAAUGUACAGAAGUGUAUCCAAUGUGGUAUUUCCAUCUCUUGCAAAAAUUACACGUUAGUUUGGAGGAAACAAACUUUCCUUCUCCAUCUGGAUUUUUAGAACAUUUUGCCACAGUUGGUGUCCAUGUUCUUCCUCUCAAUAAUCUCAUUCAAUACAUCAAUAGGGAGAUGUUCAUUGUGACUGAUAAUGUUAUUCAUGAAGUUAUGAAAAAGUCACAACAACAAACAAGUGAAAAGGAAAAGAAAGCUUGGUGUUCACUAAUGAGAUCACUCAUUCAAAAGCUCAAAGACAGAGAAAAUAGAGACGUAUUCCACUAUGAAAGAAUGCUCUCCUGCAUGUUAAAUCAACCAAGCUCUGAAAAUACCGUACAAAAUAUUCUAAUUAAUUAUUAUCACAGUUUAUUAGUUGAACAAAUUGACACUGUCAAGAUACCCAAUCCCAAGAAUAGUAAUGUCACUCCACUUGAUUGUAUUCAAUUCUUAGAAGAAUUUAAAUUACAGAGAGAAGAAAAUCCAUCAGAAUCUCUAUUCACAUCCUUCCUUCCACUCUCCUAUUAUUUACUCUCCAUAAAAUCCCUCAAUGGAACUCUCCUACCAAAACCAACUCUCCUCCGCAUGUCACACAUGAAUAGUUUUGAUUCCAGUGAUAGUGAUGAUAACACAACCAAUGAAAUUUCAUCUCCAAGAAUGAAUACCAAUUUUUACUCUCUUGUACAGGGAAUAGAGUAUUGCUUUGAAGGAGAUCAAGAUGCCUACAUUUACUUUUUGAAGAAAAAGACAGAAAAGGUAUUGAAUACCACCUUUUUUUAG